AUAGAGUGAAUAGGUGUCCCAUUCUACUGUAUAUAGAGUACUGUAGUAAGAGCAGUAUAUAAACUUUACCUUUUUAUAGUGUGUUUAAUACUUAAAUACAGCGUUAGACAGAUGCUCAGGAUUUGUUAGGAAUCGAUUAUUUGCAGAAGAAUGUCUAAUUUUGUGGAACGACUUGAGAAUGAGCUAAAGUGUCCAGUGUGUUUUGCAAAUUUUAAACAGAAUGUAAUUUCUUUACCAUGUCAACACAAGAUUUGCGAAGACUGUGUUAUAGCUUUGUGCGACUGCAUUGUAUUUCGAAGGUGUCCUGUAUGCCGUCUCAAUUUCACACCAACGGAGUUAAGGAGAGAUCACACACUUGAAAACAUAAUUCGUAUAAUAAACAAAGAAAAGCUAUCGUUGGAUUCAGAAACGUACGAGAAUAAAGAAGUUACAUUUAACCCCGAUGUUGUACAUUGCAAGGCCGAGAAGUUAGACUAUAAAGGGUCUAUUAAGACGCUGAACGUUGAAAAAAGUGGGGAAAACACAUUGCUUGAUAAAAUAAGAUACCUCAAGUACCUACAAAGUAUAAAAGUGGACAAAAAAACAGACGAUUUGUUGACUGAAAUUACUCACUUGGCCUCGACAACUGAAAUUGAAGAUGCUUUUCAAGUUAUAUGUGGUCUAAAUUCUAUUGCUGAAAGCAUGUCUAGCAGAAAAUGCGAUGGAGUGCUGACUUUAGCUGAUAUUGUACUGAAACGAGCAGCAUCUGUACAAAUUCAGUCAUCUCGUUUACAUUGUUUGUUACAUACGGCGUCAUACAUGCAGUUUGUUGCGAACACAAUGGCAAAGUCAAGCAAGCGUGAACAAUUUUCUGGGCACGGUUUGGAUAUUUUAAAGACAAUCUUUGCCGAAAUAGAAAGAAUGGACAAUUUGGAGAGUAGCGAAACCGCUAAAGGUUUAGCCUGGUGUUUAAAGUUCACAGGCGUUUGCUGUAAUGUAAUGUGUAUGUAUGAUAAGUCUCUAAAUGUAAACAAAGAUGCAUUGAAACUGCUUGAAGCCGAAUUCGGAACCAGUGUAUGUAAAAAUUUCAGAGUUUACGGUAUGUGUCAACAAAACAUGGGUGUUGCAUACAAGCGAUUAAAUAUGGAAGCUGAAGCAAGAAUAUCGUUUAUUUCGGCAAUGGAAAGUUAUGUUGCUGCGAAAGACUGGACAAGUGAUUUUCAAAAACAAGAGAGUCUAAACCGAACUUUAAAAUGCUUAAAAACACUUGCAUAGCUUAAAUUUGAAUCAUUUUAAGACAUGUUA